AUGACGUCAAUCACAAGGCAAGAGGGGAGCAGCGCGUCGGAGCCCUAUUCAGUUCGCUGAGGCAAUAGAUCAUCUUUGGGAGAGACGUACUCCCAGUGACUAUGUGUGUAGGUAAUGCUCUCUGAGCCCUGCAGGACGUCAUGUCUGAAGAGGCCAUCUCAGGAAGCGACCUGGACCCCAGCGUUAACAGCGAAGACGAGGAUCUGGAAGAGGAGGAGGAGAUUGAGGAUGAAGAUGAGGGUGACAACGAUGGAGAUGAUGAAGAUGAUGCAGUUGAUUGGCCAGAGAGUGGCCAGGGCAGUACAGAGACGGAGACCCAGGGAGGGAGGGACUCCCCCUCAGCUACCUCACCCUCGGAAGAGACUCCCUCUGAGGCCCCGUCUCAGCCCCCCUCCAGGGCUUCCUCCCGGCCCAACUCUAGGCCUGAGUCUCGCUCCCAGCCCCCCUCUGGCCCCAGUCCCAGCCUCCUUCUCGCCUGAGAGCCCCAGCCAGGACAAGCCGUCUGCGGCCAAGAAGAAGAAAAACCGAGGGCCUCAAAGUCCCAGCCUCAAAGUCCUGUCCUGAGACCCCCAGCAAGGACAAGACCUCGUUUGGCAAAAAGAAGAAACCGAGAACCUCUAAGUCUAAGGAGCCUAAACCUGCUAAACUCUCGAAGACAGUACACAUGAGGAAGAACAUCAGGACGCUGCUGAAGGAGCACCAGAUGGAGGCAGUGACCAAAGCAGCCCAGCAGGAGGAGUUAGAGAGGCUGAGGCGUCUGGAGCAGCAGAGGAAGGACUUCAUGGCACCACCCGUCCAAGAGUUUUCUCCAGCAGUGGAAGCGGUGUCAGGGAGGCCUGGAGAGGAGGAGUUUCAGUGCCAGGGGUCGUUAGAGGCUGCUUUCCUAGCCAGGCAGGACGUAAUCUGCCUGGACAGCAGCGACAGCAGUGGAGAGGAGGAGGAGGACGCCAAGCCACCAGCUAUCCCCACUAUCACACCCACUAUCAGAGACGACGUGAUCGAGCUGAGCUCUGGGGACGACGACACACUGCCGAUCAGCAGCGAUUCGGCCAAUGAAGAUGAAGGUGCGGGGGGCACGGAGGAGAGCAGUGGAGCGCACAUCAACGACUCACUCAACCAACCAGACGCCCAGGGGAGGGUCCUGGUCAACAUCAACCACCCAGCGGAGGAGGAAGACCUGUACCUCGUCCCACAGCUGGCUCGUGCAGUCAAACCUCACCAGGUUGGUGGGAUCCGGUUCCUCUAUGACAACCUGGUGGAGUCUCUGGAGCGCUACAAGGGCAGCAGCGGGUUUGGCUGUAUCCUGGCCCACAGCAUGGGCCUGGGCAAGACCCUGCAGGUCAUCUCCUUCAUAGACAUCCUGCUGCGACACACCGGGGCCCACACCGUACUGGCCAUCGUCCCUGUGAACACGCUCCAGAACUGGUUGGCAGAGUUUAACCUGUGGCUCCCAUCACAAGAGGCCCUGCCCCCUGAUAGUGACCCUGCCACAGUCGCAGGACGCACCUUCAGAGUCCACAUCCUCAAUGACGAGCACAAAACCACGGUGGCCCGGGCUAAGGUAGUGGAGGACUGGUCACGUGGCGGGGGCGUGCUCCUGAUGGGUUAUGAGAUGUACCGCCUGUUGUCCCUGAAGAAGAGCUUUGUGGCGGGCAGGAAGAAGAAGUCCAAGAAGCCCCAGGGACCCGUCAUCAUCGACCUGGACGAAGAGGACAGGCAGCAAGAGCUCAUGAAAGGUAUCGAGAAGGCGCUGGCCAGGCCCGGUCCAGACGUGGUGAUCUGUGACGAGGGCCACCGCAUCAAGAACUACCACGCCAGCACCUCACAGGCCCUGAAGAACAUUCGCUCCAGGCGACGUGUGGUCCUCACGGGCUACCCUCUCCAGAACAACCUGAUAGAGUACUGGUGCAUGGUGGACUUUGUCAGGCCUGACUUCCUGGGCACCAGGCAGGAGUUCAGUAACAUGUUCGAGAGGCCCAUUCUGAACGGGCAGUGUGUGGACAGCACGCCACAGGACGCCAGGUUGAUGAGAUACAGAAGCCACGUGCUGCAUAGCCUGCUGGAGGGGUUCGUCCAGAGGCGAGGCCACGACGUGCUGAGGGACCAGCUGCCCUCCAAGGACGAGCACGUGAUCAUGGUGCGCCUGUCGCCCCUGCAGAGGGCCCUUUACGCUGAGUUUAUGGACCGCUUCAGAGAGGCAGGCAACAGCGGCUGGCUGGGCCUCAACCCGCUCAAGGCCUUCUGCGUCUGCUGCAAGAUCUGGAACCACCCUGACGUGCUCUAUGAGACCCUUCAGAAGGAGAACCUGGCCAACGAGCAGGAUUUGGACUUGGAUGACAUCACGUCGGCCGCUAACCCCCGCUGCCCUGGCGCUGGCCUGAAGACCAAAGCGGCCGACUCGGCCAACAGCCGGUCCAACGUUACCCUGCCCCCGCUCAACCCCAUCCAGGAGAGAGCCAAUCAGGUCAUCACCUACGAAUGGGCCAAGGACAUCAUGAGCAACUACCAGACUGGAGUUCUGGAGAACUCCGCCAAGAUGCUGCUGCUCUUCCAUCUGAUCGAUGAGAGCGUGAUCAGAGGAGACAAGAUCCUGGUCUUCAGCCAGAGCUUGUCCACCCUGACUGUCAUUGAAGACUUCCUGACCAGACGACCAAUGCCAGCAGGCCGUGUCUCCCCGGACAACCAUGGCCAGAACCAUACCUGGGUCCGCAACAUCAACUACUACAGGUUGGAUGGGAGUACGUCUGCUUCAGAGCGAGAGAGACUCAUCAACCAGUUCAACGACCCAGAGAACACCUCCACGUGGGUCUUCCUCCUGUCAACGAGGGCGGGCUGCUUGGGGGUGAACCUGAUCGGGGCCAACCGGGUGGUGGUGUUUGAUGCGUCGUGGAACCCGUGUCAUGACGCCCAGGCGGUGUGUCGAGUGUACCGCUAUGGCCAGAAGAAGCCCUGCCACAUCUACCGCCUGGUCUGUGACUUUACCCUGGAGAAGAAGAUUUACGACCGACAGGUCUCCAAGCAGGGCAUGUCUGACCGCGUGGUGGAUGACCUGAACCCGGUUCUGACGUUCACCCGCAAGGAGGUGGAGUCUCUGCUGCACUUUGCAGAGGAGGAGCCUAACCCGACCAAAGCCCCUCCCCAGCCCCACAAAGAGAUGGAGACGGUCAUCAGCCAAGCCUGUCAGCUCUACCCCCACCUCAUCACUAAGGAACCCUUCCACCAUGAGUCUCUGCUGGUGGACCGGAAGGAGUCCAAGCUCACUAAAGCAGAGAAGAGAGCCGCUAAGAAGAGCUACGAGGACGAGAAGCGUGCCUCCGUGCCCUACUCUCGCCCCUCCUACGCCCACUACUACCCAACCAGUGACCAGACCCUCAUCAACAUCCCAGCCUUUAACCAGCGCAACUG